AUGGGGUUGAUAAGAAGCUGCUUGUCCUUCGUCUUUGGAACCAUGUGCGGGAUUUACAUAGCGCAGAGCUACAACGUCCCAAACGUCGAAAAAGUGGCUCAAGCUGGCUAUUCCAUGGCCAAGCACAUCGAAGAGCGAUACCGCAAGGUUAAGACGACCAAUCCCACACAACCAGACUAA